AGCAGCUGGUAACACUUAGACUUCUUGUUUCGCCGAGUGUUUUUCGUUGUAUUUUGCUUUGUUUCAAAAUUAGUCAGCCACAAACCCAUAAAAAAUACAUAAGGAAAAGAAGGAAUCUGUGUAAUCACCAGGCCACGUGACUCUCCCGCAAAACUCAUUGAAACUGUUAAAUUUGAAUAUAACUUAGCACAUUAAAAAGUUCUAGGUUAGAAGACAUGGCCGAAACAGAGACGAAGCCCCACCCCGACCAUCACGAUGAGGAUGUUCAUGAUGCCAACUACCAGGCACCGCCGGAGAAGACCAUCGAGGAGAUAAUGGCCGCCGAUCAGGAGGACGAGAGCUUGCGGCGCUACAAAGAGGCCCUUUUGGGCGCAGCCCAGACCGAAAAAAUUGUCGUUGAACCCAAUGAUCCGCGAAAGGUGAUUGUGAAGAAACUGGCGCUCGUUGUAGAGGGUCGAGAUGAUAUGGAAUUGGAUCUUACCGGUGACCUAAGUCAGCUAAAAAAGCAGCUUUUUGUGAUCAAAGAAGGUGUUCAGUACAAGGUGCGCAUUGAUUUUAUUGUGCAGCGUGAAAUUGUCCAUGGCCUUAAGUAUGUGCAAAAGACUUCUCGCUUGGGUGUUAAUGUCGAUAAAAUGAAGCAUAUGGUUGGCUCCUAUCCGCCAAAGAAGGAGAUUCAAUUCUAUUUGACGCCCGCCGAGGAGGCGCCCUCCGGUACAUUCUCCCGCGGCACCUACUCGGUUAGCUCUGUCUUUACGGAUGACGACAAGCAUAUACACCUGGAGUGGGACUGGACCUUUGAGAUUAAAAAGGACUGGGCCUAAGGACAAUACCAGAACCACACACAUACACACACACAUACUUAAAUCCCAUACAUACGCUUUUGUUUUUCCCAAAACAUGUCUUGUAAAUGAGUUAAUUUUUGUUCCAAAAGAGUGUAAGCAAGAGUUUCCAAAAUAUGCAAUUGAUCGAUCGUCAAGUAUUUUUGUUAAUGGUAUUAAAUUGUAACUAUUUUUGUCACUAAAGUGUAAUGAAAAGCCAUGAUAAGUAUUUUUGAUACCCAAUGCUAAUUGAAUGUGUGUACAUGAAGAGCAAUUCUCGCCAAUGUCCGUCGAUCAGUCGAGUCAAACCCAAGUCAGGUCACUGGGCCAGUCAGUCAUUCGUUUAUUUGGCUCUAAAUGCCAUUGCCUAUGUUAAACAUGUAUUUUCAAACAUAUAAAUAACGGAGUAAUGAACUUAAAGUUGUAUGCAUUUCGCUAUGUAUUUAAAUUUAAUGAAAGUCACAGUGUUUAUGUUAAAUGUAAGCUCAAGUCCCCGAAAUAAAGGAAACAAUACCCAAAGAUGAUUCCCUUACCGUAAUCCAGCAUCCCUCUAAUCAAGCAAUUCGAAGAACUGUUAAACUUAA